AUGAAUCUGUAUCUGCACCCUAAGUUAUGGCCACAGUUAGCAGGAACUAAAACCUUACAUGUGGCUGAUGCUCAGAGAGUGAGGAAAAUCACAGUUCAUGAUGGCAUUUGGGACGCAGAGCUGCCAAGAGCAAAAAGAAACCAUUCAUAUCACCUUAGAUACCGCGGCUCUUCCUACUCCAGGUGCUUCCUGGAGAGGUAUAGAUGCAAAACUAUAGGAGUCUUUAGAAGAAGCAACCAGCCGGACUGUCUUGAAACGCGAUCAGAAAAAGCCAAGAAUAGAGAUGGGGUUGUUCAGGAAAAAUCUGUGAGGACCCUCUUUUCUGAAUGUGUGAAUCAAUGUGACAUACAUAGAAGACCCACAAGAUUUUUGAGAAUGUUAUACCAUCAGAAACACUUCCAACUGGGCCUAAAAGGGACAGAGACAGAAAAAAAUGAAAGAAGAUUGUGA